GAAAGUGACUGCUCUGGCUAGAGGCCCUAAUUCCAGCUGGGAGGACUCAGGAUUGGAAGAUGCAGCUACUGCUGGCAGUGUUGCGAGCUCUUGUGGUGGUAACUGGAUUUCUGACUGUUCAUGCUUUUACCUCUGAAGAAGUGGAACAGGAGCCUUGCCAAGUCCCAGGCCCAGAAGAGCUGGAACAGCACCUGACCCUGGCCCUGGGCCAGGCACUACGACUCUGCUGUGGUCGGGCCAAUCGGGGUGGCCAUUGGUAUAAAGAAGGUAGUCGUCUAGCGCCUUCGGGUCGUGUGCGAGCCUGGCGAGGCCGUCUGGAAAUUGCCACUCUAGUACAUGAGGAUGCUGGCCUCUACCUGUGUCUGUCACGAGGAUCUGGCCAAAUUCUGUACAACCUUACCAUCUCUGUCAUAGAUUCUCUGGCUUCAGGGGAUGAUGAUGAAGACAAUGAUGGCAGGGACCUUCCCAAGGGGCACGUUUAUCCACAGCAAGGCCCCUACUGGACACAUCCCCAUCGCAUGGAGAAGAAACUUCAUGCCGUCCCAGCCGGCAACACAGUCAAGUUCCGGUGCCCAGCCGCAGGCAACCCCAUGCCCACCAUUCGCUGGCUGAAGAAUGGAGAAGACUUCCAUGGGGAGCACCGAAUUGGGGGUAUCCGGCUCAGACACCAGCAUUGGAGUCUCGUUAUGGAAAGUGUGGUGCCCUCCGACCGCGGAACCUACACCUGUGUGGUAGAGAAUGCCUUGGGGAGUCUCCGCUACAACUACCUCCUAGAUGUGCUGGAGCGCUCCCCGCACCGGCCCAUCCUGCAGGCUGGCCUUCCUGCCAACACCACAGCUGUGGUCGGCAGCGACGUCGAGCUACUGUGCAAAGUCUACAGCGAUGCCCAGCCCCACAUCCAGUGGCUGAAGCACAUCGAGGUCAACGGGAGCAGCUUUGGGGCUGACGGCUUCCCCUUCGUCCAGGUGCUCAAGACCGCUGACAUCAACAGCUCAGAGGUAGAAGUCCUGUACUUGCGAAACGUGUCAGCGGAGGACGCGGGGGAGUACACCUGCCUGGCUGGCAACUCCAUCGGCCUGUCCUACCAGUCGGCCUGGCUCACCGUGCUGCCCGAGGAGGGGCUGGCCUGGGACGCUGCCGCCUCGGAAGUUAAGGCCACGGACGUCAUCAUGUACACGUCGGGCUCGCUGGCUGUGAUCGUGAUCCUGCUCAUUGCCGGGCUGUGCUGCGGGCAGACGCUGUCCAGCCGGACGGCCCGCCAGCCCCUCGCCGUGCAGAAGCUCUCUCGCUUUCCCCUCAUCAGACAGUUCUCCCUGGAGUCGGGCCCCUCGGGGAAGCUGAGUUCCUCCCUCGUUCGGGGUGGGCGCCUGUCCUCCAGCUGCACCCCUAUGCUUCCUGGCCUUGUGGAGCUGGACCUGCCACUUGACGCCAAGUGGGAGUUUCCCCGGGACAGGCUGGUGCCAGGGAAGCCCCUUGGUGAGGGUUGUUUUGGGCAGGUGGUGCGGGCAGAGGCCUAUGGCAUGGACCCUCAGCAACCAGACGGGGCCACCACGGUGGCCAUCAAAAUGCUGAAAGAUAAUGCCUCCGACAAGGACCUGGCAGACCUGAUCUCGGAGAUGGAAAUGAUGAAGCUCAUCGGCCGCCACAAGAAUAUCAUCAAUCUGCUGGGUGUCUGCACCCAGGAAGGGCCCCUGUACGUGAUCGUAGAAUUUGCCGCCAAAGGCAACCUCCGGGAGUAUCUCCGGGCAAGAAGACCACCUGGCCCCGACUACACCUUGGAUGCGCUCAGGACCCCCGAGGAGCAGCUGUCUUUCCAGGCCCUGGUCUCCUGCGCCUACCAAGUGGCUCGGGGCAUGGAGUACCUGGAGUCACGGAAGUGCAUCCACAGGGACCUGGCUGCCCGAAACGUGCUGGUCACGGAGGACAACGUGAUGAAGAUCGCAGACUUUGGCCUGGCCCGGGGCGUUCACGACAUUGACUACUACAAGAAGACCAGCAACGGCCGCCUGCCUGUCAAGUGGAUGGCACCUGAGGCCCUAUUUGACCGAGUCUACACUCAUCAGAGUGACGUUUGGUCCUUUGGAAUCCUGCUGUGGGAGAUUUUUACCCUGGGUGGCUCCCCAUACCCUGGCAUCCCAGUAGAAGAGCUCUUCUCACUGCUGAGAGAAGGACAUCGUAUGGACCGGCCUUCCCACUGCCCCCCAGAGCUGUACAUGCUGAUGCGUGAGUGCUGGCAUGCAAUACCCUCCCAGAGACCUACCUUCAAGCAACUGGUUGAGGCCCUGAACAAGAUCCUGACAGCCAUCUCUGAGGAGUACUUGGACCUCUCGAUGCCCUUUGAACAAUACUCCCCAGCCGGCGAGGAUACCAGCAGCACCUGUUCUUCUAAUGAUUCUGUGUUCACCCAUGAACCCCUGGCCCCUGCGAGUCUGGGCCCAAGCCCCUUCACCUACCACAUUGUGAGGACAUGAACUGAACCAAACCAGCCAUGAACUGAGAUGGCAGUGAUAGGAAUACCCUGCUCUUGGGCUGUUCCUGAUCUCAAGAACUUGACUCGGUCCUGGAACUUUUUCUCUGGUCCCUGGUCUUCCCCUAAGAAGGGUAAGAACCGGUCAGACCUUGAAUAGUUGUCUAUUCAAUACAAUUGUGCCUUGAUUUUUUUAAACCAGAGCCCAGCAACACUGAGGGACAGACAGGUCUUUUUCACCUGAAGUUGACUGUGGAAAGACCCAACCCUACCUAAAGCCUUGCCUCCCCUUCCUCCCCUCAUCUCCUUUCCCUUCCUUCCCAUUCCCUUCAUCCCAGGAAAUGUUGGUGUACAUAAUGUCUAUGCAUAUAUAUAUAUGACCUUUGAUAAAUUAUUUUUUGGAAUAGA